CCAAUGAUGUCAAGCAUUUCUACUUUGCCAAAAUUAAAUUACUAACACAACACAAAAUGUGUAUUUUUCAUGGCUAUUCUCAUGUUUUCACUCCUUUGCCUCUUUCUCUCACGCUCUUCCUCUCUCGCUGUCUCCCUCUUUUAGCUCCGGGACCACAUGUGGACUAUAAUAAUGGAGUCAGUGGUUCCGUCUGAUAAAGGCAACUACACCUGUCUUGUGGAGAACAAGCACGGCAGCCUCACACACACCUACCAGCUGGACGUAGUGGAACGUUCCCCUCACAGGCCCAUCCUCCAGGCAGGCCUGCCAGCUAAUCGUACGGCCAUGGUUGGUAGCGACGUGGAGUUUGUCUGUCGAGUGUUCAGCGACCCUCAGCCCCACAUCCAGUGGCUCAAAAGCAUCACCAUUAAUGGCAGCAGAGUGGGACCAGACGGACUGCCUUACGUACGCGUACUUAAGACUGCAGGGUUUAACACCACAGACAGGGAGAUGGAGGUGUUUACUCUGAGGAACGUGUCUGUGGAGGAUGAAGGAGAGUACACCUGUCUGGCAGGAAACUCUAUAGGACUCUCUCACCACUCUGCCUGGCUCAGUGUGAUCAAAGACCUGCCCCCCUCCCCUGUACCAUCUCAGGCCUACCUGGAGAUCUUCAUCUACUGCGUUGGUUUCUUCAUUAUCAUGUUCAUGGUCGGCGUAGCGACCGCCUGCCGACUAAGCUGCUCCCCGAAGAAGAGCGACUUCAGCAGCCAGCUGGCCGUUCACAAACUGGCCAAGAGCAUUCCCCUACACAGACAGGUGUCAGUAGACUCUUCUUCCUCUCUACAGUCGGGGGUGUGUCUGGUCAGGCCGUACCGCCUUUCCAGUGGAGCCACGCCCACCCUGGUCGGCGUGUCAGUGUAUGAGCUGCCCGCAGACCCACUCUGGGAGCUGUCACGAGACAGGCUGUCUCUGGGGAAGCCACUGGGGGAAGGUUGUUUUGGUCAGGUUGUGCUAGCAGAGGCUGCAGGUCUGGACAGAGAAAAACCCUCUCGUCUCACCAAGGUUGCCGUCAAGAUGCUCAAAGCGGACGCCACAGAGAAGGACCUGAGUGAUCUGAUCGCUGAAAUGGAGAUGAUGAAGAUGAUCGGGAAACACAAAAACAUCAUCAACCUGCUGGGAGCCUGCACACAGGAUGGCCCUCUCUACGUGGUGGUAGAGUAUGCAUCUCAGGGCAACCUGAGGGAGUACCUGCGUUGUCGGAGGCCUGUGGAUCUGGAGUACUGGUCUGGGCCAACCCAGGCCCCCCUGGACAGCGUAGAGGUCAGGGAGCUGGUGUCUGCUGCCUACCAGGUGGCCAGGGGCAUGGCAUACCUCGCCUUACAGAAGUGUAUCCACAGAGACCUAGCAGCCAGGAAUGUGUUGGUGACAGAGGACAAUGUGAUGAAGAUAGCAGACUUUGGUCUGGCCAGAGACAUCCACCACAUAGACUACUACAAGAAGACCACCAAUGGUCGUCUGCCAGUGAAGUGGAUGGCUCCAGAGGCUCUGUUCGACCGCAUCUACACACACCAGAGUGACGUGUGGUCGUUUGGGGUGUUGAUGUGGGAGAUCUUUACUCUAGGAGGGUCUCCCUACCCAGGGGUCCCUGUAGAGGAGCUGUUCAAACUGCUGAAGGAGGGACAUCGUAUGGACAGGCCAGCCGCCUGCACAGAGGAGCUGUAUAUCAUGAUGAGAGACUGCUGGCACGCUGUUUCAUCUCGCAGACCAACCUUCCAACAGCUGGUAGAGGAUCUGGACCGCACACUCUCACUCAUGACCAACCAGGAGUAUUUGAAUCUGUCCAUCCCUGUGGUCCAGUAUUCUCCAUUGGGUCCAGACACCAGCAGCUCCUCUGACUCUGUCUUCUCCAGGGAGACGACUCACGGAGCAGAAUACUCUCCCCUGAGCCCAUCCUGGACCUCCACCCUGCUCUACACCCAGCACACCCCCUCUAGGACCCCCUCUCGUACCUCCACCCUGGCCUACGCACACCACAAACCUUCCCGAACCCCGUCUUGAACCUCCAUCCUAGCCUACGAUCACCACAGCAUCUACCCUGACGUACACCCGCGGACACAGCCAACGCUGAUCUAAAAACACUGCCCUGCCCAUACACCUUAACCUAUCCACCUCCCUUUUAAUCAGUCCCUACCCCCCCUGGCUCCUAUGUGCAGCCCUUCCUCGGUGACUGGGAGACCUACCAGAGGGAAGGACACUACCUGAGUGCUUUAUCCCCUCGUUCUCCAAUCUGCAAAAGGACCUAGUGGUUUCAUCUGACCUGCUUUUCAUUUUUGGAGCGAUGCUCAUUCACACAGAUAAAGACAAUGGAAAAGACAGACACAUGGAGGGUUAUAACAGAGUCAUAAGACAUGAAAUAGAGUUUGCACAAAUAUGGACUCUUCUCUCCUCCUCCCCAGGACUAUACUGAACUAUUAAAGGGAUAGUUCACCCAAAUGACACAUUAGGAAAGGGGGAUACCCAGGCAGUUGUCCAACUGAAUGUAUUCAACUGAAAUGUGUCUUCCACAUUUAACCCAACCCCUCUGAAUCAGAGAGGUGAGGGGGAUGACUUAAUCAACAUCCACUGCGCCCAGGGAACAGUGGGUUAACUGCCUUGUUCAGGGGCAGAACGACAGAUUUUUACCUUGUCAGCUCGGGGAUUCAAUCCAGCAACCUUCCGGUUACUGGCCCAACGCUCUAACCACUAGGCUACCUGGCGGUUUUCUUAAACCGUAAGCAAGGUAUGAGACAAUGUAUCAGAGCAAUCUAUGCUUUGGUUUAUUUUCUCUGGCACUAUUUUCACAUGCUAACAUUUUAGUAUUUGUGACACAUAUCCCAUUCAAGUCAUGGGACUGAUAUUAGCAUUUGUCACCCAUGUACAAAAGACCGAAGUGACUUUGUUGAGCUUCACAAUCAAUUUAAAAUACUUUUGGAUAAUUUGGACAUAAUGUGCAAAAAAUUAUAAUAUCGGUUCCAUGACUUGAAUUGGAUCUGUGCCACAAAUGCUAAAACAGUGCAAGGGAAACUAAACCAAUGCAUGGAUUACUGUCAUACAUUGUCCAUAGACUGCUUACAGGGCAAGGAAACCAAUGUGUAAUUUUUAUUUGGGUGAACUAUCCCUUUUAAUGUAGGGAGACUCUCCCAGGAGUAAGAGGAGGAGGAAGAGGAGAAGAAGGCUGCUACACAUUAUUGAUCUUCAUCGCCAUAUUAUGAAACAAGCUGCUGCUUUGCUGAGCAAACGAUACAGGAUAUAAAAAGGAAAUUGAUACCAAGGAAAAAUAAUGUUAUUUUGUAAAUACAGUAUAUUACGAAUUGUUAAUAUGAAUACAUAUUUCCAGUAUUUUAAUUUUAUACCUGGUAGCUUGUUUUUAUCCCUGUCAUUGAAAUGACAUCUAAGAGAGGUGUGGAUAUGAUGCUAUGUGUUAGAAUCAGAGGAAAGAAGUGGCUAUGAUGCUAUGUGUUUUAAUAAGCUAAUAUCAUACCAGCAGUGUUAGUCAGUCAGGGCUUGCCUUGAGUAUCAGUCUCUUGUCUGGACUCUAUGGACACUACAGUGUUAUGUUGAGGUUAAUGAUAAUGUAAAUGAUAAUGCCAUGGUUUUAAAACAGUGGCAAAUUCACUUAUCUCCAAUGGAAGUCUACCUGCCUUUACAGAGCAUGCCUUUAUUAAAGGUAUUGUAAUAAAGAAAAUGGCAUUACAAAA